GCAGCCGUGUAAGUCAGUAAUUAUAACGACAGCCCAGGUCGUUCAUCACAAACAAAAUCAAGCCAUCAUCAUAUCCACUAGACCUCACCCAAACCAAGCAUGCCAGACCUCCCCCCCAGCUACAGCGCCCUCUCCCUCCCCGGCAUCCUCCUCUCCCACCACCCUGCCUCCUCUCCCACGCCGACACCAGUCAUCAUCCUCUCCCUGCACCGCCCAGCCGCCCGCAACGGCUUCACCGACGAGCUCGCGGCCUCCCUCAUCACGGCCUUUGACACGCUCUCCCGCGAUGACAGGGUCAAGGCCAUUGUGCUCACCUCCUCCGACGAGGCCAACAGGAUCUUCUGCGCCGGCAUGGACUUCAACGCCAAGGGCGACCGCAUCGGCCCAACACGCCGCGAGCACCGCGAUGGCGGCGGCACCGUCACCCUGGCCAUGCACAACUGCCACAAGCCCAUCAUCGCCGCCAUCAACGGCAGCGCCGUGGGCGUGGGCAUCACCAUGACCCUACCCUCCGCGAUACGCGUCGCCAGCCAGGACGCCAAGAUUGGCUUCGUCUUUGCGCAGCGCGGCUUCAACAUGGAGGCCUGCUCGUCCUUUUACCUCCCGCGGCUCGUGGGCACGUCGCGGGCGUUGCACCUCGUCACCACGGGCGCCGUGUACCCGGCCACGUCGCCGCUCUUCUCGGAGCUGUUCAGCGACGUCGUGCCCGCGGACGAGGUCCUGCCCACGGCGCUCGGGUACGCCGAGGGCAUCGCGCGCAACGUGAGCACGGUGGCGGCGCGGGUGAUGCGGGACAUGAUCUACCGGGGCCCGCGCUCGCCUGAGGAGGCGCAUCUGCUGGAGAGCAGGGUCUUCUUUGACCUGUACAAUGGGGCGGACAGCAAGGAGGGCGUCGGGAGCUUCCUCGAGAAGAGGGCGCCCAAGUUCGAGAUGAGCAUAGAGAGGGAUGCACCGGGCGCGUGGCCGUGGUGGGAUGCGCUCGAUGUCAAGUCCAAGGCGAAGCUGUAGGCUGGCUGUAGAAAUGCCCUCACUCCAUGUCUCUGGCAAAGUGCUUCGAGAUUUCAAGGGGACUUCUGAGGGCAGACGCCAUGUCUGAGGCCAUGCCUCGUGGGCAUAUAGGAUACAAAUUCUUGUAGAUAUGUAUUGAUGUUCGUCCUGAGGAAAUUCUGAGGAGCUUCUGCCACCGGAAUAUUGGGGGCACUGUGCUGGGCACAUGGCGGAGUGGCAGCUUGUGCCUUGUGGCAUCCUCACUUACUAGAUCGACCAUACCUGAUGAGGUGCAAGGUAUGACCUCAAAUGUGUCUGUCAAAAAUUGUCACAAUAGUAGAUAGUGCUACUAAUAA